AUGGCGGCGGCGACGACGGCCUUGUUCAAUCUGAAACCCCCCCUGCACUACAACCUCAUCUCGAUGAAUCGCGUCUCGGUUUCUUGCUCUCUGGCCACCUCUGCUCUUACCCCUCCCAAAAGGAAAAGGAAGCUUCCGAUUCUCCUCUUCGACGUUAUGGACACCAUCGUCCGUGACCCUUUCUACCACGACGUCCCGGCCUUCUUCCGGUUGCCGAUGAAGGAUCUACUAGAGUGCAAGCACCCCAUGGCCUGGAUCGAUUUUGAAAAGGGCUUCAUUGAUGAGGAGGAGUUAGCAAGAAAGUUCUUCAUAGAUGGGAGAGACUUUGAUUUGGAAGGGUUAAAGGAGUGUAUGAGAUCAGGAUACUCCUACUUAGAUGGCAUGCAAGAGCUUCUCCAAAAUUUGAAAGCUCUCAACUUUGAGAUUCAUGCUUUCACCAAUUAUCCCAUCUGGUACAAGAUGAUUGAAGACAAAUUAAAGCUUUCCGAAUAUUUAUCAUGGACGUUUUGUUCCUGUAAUGCUGGAAAGAGAAAGCCUGAUCCAGAGUUCUAUCUCGAGGUUGUUGGACAUCUCGGAGUUGAACCUUGCGACUGUAUAUUCAUCGAUGACAGGCCUACCAACGUCAAGUGUGCAGUAGAUAUAGGGAUGGGUGGGUUACGUUUUGAGAAUGCAGAUACGCUCAUUAAGGAUCUCUCAAAUCUAGGGAUCAACUUAUUGUGA